AGUACAGAGGUGUCAAACUGUGGGUGAGCGACAUAGGGGCAUAGGGACAAUCUCACAGAUUACCGUGACCAUUACUAGCUGUAUCUUUCUGUUUUACUCUUCAUGGAUUUGAAUUUUGUUCACUUGUUUAUUUUUCAUCGAGAUAUUGGCAUUUCAUUCCCGUUUCCGUCAUUAGAUCAGAUUGUCUGUACACUUGAAGAUGAGCACAGAGGGAUAAGGCUGGCUACAUUUUCCAAAAAAGGUUCCCCGUCUGUCUCACGGACAUUGGUCACCAAUCUUUCCGUGACCGUUUUUCUGUUUCGAUUGGGCGUCCUAACAUGAUUCUAUCAUGAGUUCCAAGGUAGUGAACUAUAACUCAACCUCAAGAAAGCCAAGCACGAUGGAUAACGUAACCGAUUGCAAUGGUGCCGGCUUGGACCUCAUUCAGAAUCGCAUUGAGUCUCUGAACAGUAAGAUGGACAAACUCAUCAACAUCCAGGAGAAGGUCCUCAACCGGCUGGAUGGAAUGUCCCAGGACAUUGACAGUAUAGAGAGGGACAUGGAAACACUGAAGGUGGAUAAGGAAGAGAUCCAUAUGCCUGCCAGAGCCCGAACUCUAUCACCGGCCCUGGCUCAAACCCAGGGCACGGGCAUGGGGGGCGAGGUGAGAGAGAUGUGUCAGGAGAUGAGCUCCAUCAUGACAGUGCUGGACCAGCGCUCGGAGAAGCAGGCUGAGAAGCUGGACGGGAUGGAAAAGCUGGUCCUCAGCAUACAUCAGGUCAUCAGAUUCAUUGGGGAAACGAUGAAGAGCCCCCGGGUUAUGGAGAUGAUGUUUAUGGGUCCGGCAGCACACAAGGCCUCCAAGUCAAAAGACCUCAAGAUGGCUAUUAAGAGGCAAUCGUCCGCAGAAAAGAGCAAGAGCUCAGUUACUAAGAAGACCGACAAGCCAAAAGAUCACAAGAAGAAGGAUGGGAAGGUGAAGUCGGGUCUGAAAGCACAGAAGAAGAAGAAGCCCCCAGACACAGCAGAUACCAUCUCCCUUAGGAAGCAGGUGUUGCUACUAGAGGAGGUGCAGAAGCUCAACAGGGAGAAUGCAGAGAGAUCAUCAUCAUCAUCAUCAUCAGGUUACCAGCAGCAGCAGCACCUCACCCCUGAUGGCUUCCUGGACCUGGAGGCUGGACCUGGAGGGGCCUCAGAGGGUUCCCUCAGCCCAAACCUGCUGGACCUUAUCCUCGAGGGCCCCAAGGCCCCUGUGACUGAAGAGGAGUCAUUGUCUGAGGAGGAGGCUGCAGGAGAUGGACUAAAAGUGGAAGAGAGGAAGGAGAAGGAGGUUGUAAAAAAGGAGAAGGAAGACCACCUUGUUAAUGAAUCUAAGGAAGAGGAGAAAAAGGAGGAGCUGUUGAAAACCACAGAGAAGCCCGAGGAGGAUGGAAGACUAGCGGAAAAAGAGGGGGAGAAGGAGAAAGUGGGGGACACUACACUCUCUAAAGGCCCAUCGGAAGCUGUUGAUAUGUCGUUAAAGGAUAUCCCUUCUCUCCCAACCUCCCCUGAGGCUCCAGGAGACACCAACUCCAUUCCCGAGAGCUGUGAAGACCACAACAAGAGUGCUUCCUCUCUGUCUCUGGAGGCAGCAAAACAGGACCAGGUGGAGGAAGGCAGCACCGGCAGUAAGCGUCGGGUGAUGGAGGAAGACCCGGGAGUAGAGGACCACAAGAAGUGUCGGGUAGAGGAAGGAGAGGAGGAGGAGAGGGAGGGGGAGAGGAAGGAGGAGGAAGGAGCAGAGGGACCAGAGGAUGAGGAUGAGGGAUGGGGCGUCUUCAAGGCAGACGGGGUGGAUAUCCGUGUGGAGCGGAAGAAGAGGCUGGGGAAAGAUCAGGCCACAGAAGUCAAGCAGUCUACCGGGGAAACCUUCUUCAUUGACAAAAGUCCUCCUCCACCAGCUCCAUUCAACCAUCGGAUAGUGUCGGCCAAACCAAACCAGAUCAACAACUUCUACACCAUCAACAGAGUUGAGAUUCUAGGAGGGGGUCGUUUUGGCCAGGUGCACAAAUGCAUGGAAAACUCCUCAGGUCUCACGCUAGCUUCCAAAAUCAUCAAAGCCCGGAGUCAGAAAGAAAAGGAGGUGGUCAAGAAUGAGAUCAUGGUCAUGAACCAGUUGGACCACGCCAACCUGAUCCAGCUCUACGCCGCCUACGAGUCCAGGAAUGAUAUCAUCCUGGUGCUGGAAUAUGUGGAUGGUGGGGAGCUCUUUGACCGGAUCAUUGACGAGAACUACACUCUGAUGGAGCUGGACACAGUCAUGUUCAUCAGGCAGAUCUGUGAGGGCCUUCAGCACAUGCACAAGAUGUACAUCCUCCAUCUGGACCUCAAGCCGGAGAAUAUUCUAUGUGUGAGCAGAGUCACAAAUAAAAUCAAGAUCAUUGACUUUGGACUUGCCAGAAAAUACAUGCCCAGAGAGAAGUUGCGAGUGAAUUUCGGUACCCCAGAGUUCCUGGCCCCAGAAGUUGUCAACUACGACUUUGUGUCAUUCAACACCGACAUGUGGAGUCUGGGAGUCAUUACAUAUAUGCUUCUCAGCGGUCUGUGUCCUUUCCUGGGCGACAAUAACCCUGAGACUCUGAACAACAUCCUUGCCUGCCAGUGGAACUUUGACGAGGAAGAAUUUACAGACAUCUCAGAGGAAGCCAAAGAUUUCAUCUCUAAACUACUCAUCGUCAAUAAAAGUUGGAGGAUAGGUGCCUCUGAAGCAUUGAGGCAUCCUUGGCUCUCUGACCCAGUCCUCCAUCACCGACUUCACGAAAAGAAGAACAUGUGUCACUGUUCACGCCGAUCUUCAUGCGUACCCAUUACAGAUAGUUGAGCAUGAUGACUAGACGGCGCCAGCUGUGGCCACCUGGACCAAGCCUGCUGUACACCUGCAUGUUUACCAGCGCUUACAUAUCUAAACACCUGUAGAAGUACACCUGUAGAACUACUGGAGCUUACCUGUCUGUACACCUGUAGAACUACAACCUGCGAAACUACAACCUGUAGAAUUACUGGAGCUUACCUGUCUGUACACCUGUCGAACUACAACCUGCAAAAUUACAACCUGUAGAAUUACUGGAGCUUACCUGUCUGUACACCUGUAGAACUACAACCUGUAGAACUACAACCUGUAGAAUUACUGGAGCUUACUUGUCUGUACACCUGUAGAACUACAACCUGUAGAAUUACUGGAGCUUACCUGUCUGUACACCUGUAGAACUACAACCUGUAGAAUUACUGGAGCUUACCUGUCUGCACACCUGUAGAACUACAACCUGCAAAACUACAACCCGUAGAAUUACUGGAGCUUACCUGUCUGUACACCUGUAGAACUACAACCUGUAGAACUACAACCUGUAGAAUUACUGGAGCUUACUUGUCUGUACACCUGUAGAACUACAACCUGUAGAAUUACUGGAGCUUACCUGUCUGUACACCUGUAGAACUACAACCUGUAGAAUUACUGGAGCUUACCUGUCUGUACACCUGAAUAACUACAACCUGUAGAACUACAACCUGUAUAACUACCGUAGCUGUGUGAUGGUUGGACGAUACAUGUUACCUGAACAACUGUUAGCUCACUAGAUAUGCUGUUUUGUUGGUUUUUGUACGUAUAUACAAGGAUAGGUCAAAAAUGAGACAAAAAUAAGGAAUUGGUUUUAGUGGAAACAUUACCUGACAGUCAUACUGUACUUUUUUGAGUGGGUUGUCAUGUACUGUAAAAGUGCUAUUUCAGUGUGAUGCCAAAGCUUAGAAGACUGGAGGGUGUCGUGAAAGAUAGUAUGCUAGGUACAGUAUGUGAAUUUCAUCUGCAACGCAAGGUUAGUAUGACAUAACACCAAACUCUAACCUCGUAUCUUGUAAAUACUUUGGGGGUUUGAUUUUGUCAGACAAACUAGAUUCCAGAUUUUUUUAUAAAAAAAAAAAACUAUUAGCCAACGUUAUUUCCCUGUCGUACAGUUGUACUGUUCUCUUCCCUCAUGUGUGAAUCCAUUUUGAUUAGCUUUAUUUCUAUCUCAGUUAUCCACAAUGCAUCUCAACGUUUAUGCUGUGAUGCUGCUCUCCAUUUCAUCUCAUUUUCUGUUCAUGUAAAAGAGUUCCGUGUUGAGUACUGUACCCUGCUUUUCCUCUGACUGUGUGGGUAUUUAUCAAACCAAAGGAUUUUUCUGUUUAACUUGACUGAUAGACAGACAAAUGUCAUUGUGUUUGCUGUUUGUUUUGUGCUCUCUUGAUAUUGGGUGUAAAUAGAUUAAAUGUGUAGAUUUUUUGCUUAAACUUUUAAUGCAGAUCUGGGGUACUUAGUAAUGAGUCUGGGAGAGCAUUGUUAUACUGUUUUCAUUUUCUUGAAAUCAUUCGAUCCAUUAUAGAAUUAUAGAAUAUAAAUUGCUGUUGAUAAUCUAUAUUGUAUUUUGGAAAAAGAUGUACUUUCAGUAAAGAAAAUGGAAAUUGUUGUGCAGGAAUACUCAUUUUUUGACUUCACACAGACAGAACAAAAAAGGCCGAAGUUCAAGCAAGGAUAUUAAUACAUUUAAAUCUAAAAUAAUCUGACAAUGUUCGGGAUGUUUUAUCUAUGUUCUAGUAUAUUUCUAAAUCUGCAGUAUGAAAAGGGUUGAAUGGAUCUUGUCUGGUCAGGUUUUAUAAGCUCAAGGAUGUGCACUUUAAAUUGUUAUUUGUUUAAAUCAGAUGAAUUUAUCAAAACUAAUCUUAGCACUUAAGAGAAAAUACCAUUUUAGAAAUGAUGUUUUUAUGCCUGUAGUCAUACCCUGCAUUAUUUCAUUAUAUUUUGUUAAUGUGUGUGUGUGUGUAUAUAUAUAUAUAUAUAUAUAUAUAUCCCCAACAGUUUUACUUUAUAUUCAAAUAAUCUUAUUUUAUUAGUAUUUCUUUGUUUUCUUUGGAUUUUUUUAAAAUUUAGCCUUUGUUACUUUUUAUUUAAUGAAAGCAUGCUUUUUGCUUUCAUGUGCUCAGUAAAACCAAUUAUAGUACAUACAUGACACAUUAUACAUAAUUAUUUCAAUGUUUGGGGUUGUGCAUAAAUGUUUCCAUAGCUACUAUUGUUAUUUGUUCAAAAUUUUUCUCAAUGCUUGUCCACAUGUUAUCAUUUUGUAAUUAAAAAUAAAACUACUUUAUUACCUUC